AUGGACCGAUUUGAAUUUGAAAGCUUUGAAGCUGUUUUCGAUGAGACUCCACCCAGGUUGAAGGGCGAGGGAAAGGGCAAAAGGAGAGGAACUCGAGGGAGCAAAGACCAGAAGGCCCCUGCGGAGAACGGCCGGAGUUGGCAGGCAGAGUCAGAGUCGUCCUGGAAAGAGGACCCCUGGAUUGACACUGACCCUUGGAAGCAGGAGGACCCCUUACAGAAGGAGGACCCCUGGAAGAAGGAGCAGGCUGAAGACUGGAAGCAGAACGGUUCCUACACUGAGGUCAACGACAAAGACAAGGAUCAUUCCCAUUGGCAGGCCGAUCCCUGGAUCGUCAAUGACCCUUGGGACCAGGGCAAAGAGAAGAAGGAUUCUCGGCAAGAGGAUCCUUGGGUUGACGGCCACGAUCCAUGGAAGAAGGGCGCGCAGGGCUGGAGCAACUCCCGGCCACAGGGGAAGAAGGGAAACGCUUUCAUGCAAUCCAUCCAGAAGGUCAUCUCGCAGCCCACGCCCAACCACAACCGCGCCCAACGGGCGACCAAGGCUGCGAAGGCUGACCAGGCGGAGCUGGAGGUGGAUCCCAUCUUUGAGAAUGAUCCUUGGAGCAAGGAGGGGAAGAAGAGCACCGAGGACGAGGUGGGACGACCUCUGCAGCCCUGGCAGCCGGAAAAAGCGCCCAAGGAUCCGGAGGCCAAGCAGAAGUUGUUCUUGGAAGCGGCGCUGGGGCCACUAGAUGGGCCUCCUGAGAAAUGGGACCAGUUCAAAGUCAACAAUGAGCUGUUUGGUGUCACCAGCACCUAUGAUGAGACGCUGUACACCACCAAGCUGGACAUGAGCCAAGUUCGCCCUGAGGUGGUUCAGAAGGCGGAAACCGUGUCCCGAGAGAUUGCUGCCGCGCAGGUGGAAUCCAUCUCCUCGGAGGACGAGGAAGCCCACUUUGCCGCGGUGCCUCGAGCACCCCCAGCGCCUCGAGCACCCAGGCGUUUCCAUGACCAGGGCAGUGGUCCCCAACUACAAGAUCAGUCGAAGAUUGACCUGCUCAAUGCGUUGAUCAGCCAGAAAAAACCCAACUUCGAGACCGACGCGGAUGGCAAUGCCGCCGUGCAAGCAGUUCUGGUCCGAGUCCAGGCAGCAGUGACGGCAGCCAAAUUGGACGGCGCAGUGAAGACCUUUGGUUCUUGCGCCACGCCCUUGAAGAGUUCUGGGUCGGAUCUCGACCUGGCGUACACUGGGACGAUCAAAGAUCCAAGUCCAACUGGGCAGGUCAGUUACUUGGCCAGCAUGGUGAAUCCCCUCAAGGAUCUGGGUUUCCAGGAUAUCACCAAGGUUUUUUCGUCCAGCACGCCAUUGCUCAAGUUCUUCGAUCCGGACGGACAACUGGAAGUGGAUUUUCUCAUCAAGAAUGACCUGGGCAUUCGAAACAGCCACCUGCUGGACACCUACUGCCGCUGCGAUCCCCGGGUGCCCGUGUUGGGCCGCUUGGUGAAAGAUUGGGCCAAGUGCCACGAGUUGGUGAGCGUGCCAGAUGGAUGUUUGAAUAGCUAUGCGUAUAUGCUGAUGGUGAUCCACUAUUUGCAGUCCCUGCAGCCUCCCGUGGUGCCGAACCUCCAGCAGGAUUGGCCCGAAUGGGAGACGGACUCGCACCCUGUGAGCGAUCUGAAGUGGGGCAUGGAGAAUAUUUGUGAGACCCGCUUCUUCGACAAGGUCGACGAGCUCAGGCGCAACCCAUCGGCCAACGACACGAGCGACGCGGAGCUGCUCAUUGGAUUCUUCAACUACUAUGGCUGGGUCUUCGAUUGGUCAGAGAAUGCCGUGUGCAUCAGACUCAAUGGCCCGGGCCGCUUCGUGGACAAGUUUAGUCUUCAUCCGCGCGUGGCGGAUGCCGAGCAGUGGCACAUCGAAGACCCCUUCGACGUCCGCCACAACUUGGCGAAACAUUGCACAGCAGCAGGACGCAAGCGGAUCCUACGAGCGAUGCGCCAUGCCUCCUCGCACUUGGCCUCCGCGAAGCUCACGGAUGUGUGUGGGCCCAAAGCUCAUCGCAGCUGGUUCCUGAAGUGUAAGGUGGACGCGAGCCUCAGCGCAGAGGCGCUGCUGGAGAAGUUCAGCGGCUACGAACUGCUCAGGCCGCCCUUGCGGCCCCCGCAGCGGUACACCACUGAACUUGAAGGAUGA